AUGCUCACUUACUGUGUUAGACGACUCAUCUGGAGAUGUGAGAAUAUACCAAAAACCUCACUAUGCUGCAGGAUAGCUUUUCCGCUUCAGCACUGCAGGGACCGCUGUACUGCAACUUCUGCUAGGUCCGGCGCUGAGGACUCGGACCACACCAAAACACUCAUGCAGCUAUGCACUGACAGGUAUUAUAUAGCUUCUGGCCAACUUCAUAGAGAUUCCUUUCAGCGUGGAAGCAACUGUGGAUAUGGACCACUUGGUAUGGAACUCAGGAAGAACAUUCUUGAACAAUGGUGGAACUCUGUGAUAGGGUCCAGGGCAGAGGUGUUUGGGAUAAGCACCCUACACACUAGUAAGGACAGAACUACUGAGAGGGAUGGACAAUUGAGGGUUGUUGACACUGAGAACCUACGUCAAAUACUUUCCCAGAGAGAGCUAAGCAAGGACCAACUUAUUCAGAAGCUACAGACCCUUAUCCAGAAUGGUGCAUCUGUUCGAACAAGUCUUUUCCAAGGUAACUAUCAUUGGUGUUGUAUUGAACACUUCUGCUAUUUUUACUUGUGCACAUGCUUCAGGUGAUAGAAAUCUGAACGCAUAGAGUUAAAUGAAAUUCAACGUUGGGUUUCCAGGCUAACAUGGUCAAUGCUCCUCCCUCCUGUCCAGGUGCUUUGGAGCAGUAUGCGUCCUCUUUGGAACUAGUAAACAGAAAGCUGCCGUUCGGUCUGGCUGAGACCGGCUUGUGCUUCCAGCCAUCAGGCGGACCUGGUUGGUGAGGCUUCCUCCUCGUCCCUCAAAUCACAUGAACCAUUCAGCUGCACUGUCAUCAUUUACCAUUGUGCUUAUUCAAAGUGCAAAUAGAUUUAAUUGAGCAUAGAUUUAACCUAAAUCAUAUGUCCUUGUGUGUUGUUUGAGAUGGCAGAUAGCUAUAAUAACACCUGGGCAUAGCAGACUAUAGAGUAGUUGUGAACUUUAAAGGUAGACUCAGCGAUAUAAUGUAAAUUCAGAAAGUAAACAGCGUAGUGGGUCUAUUCCUGCAACAACUAAGAGUGCCAAAGCGCGAGGUUCAACUUCUCUGCUGUUUUGAUUCCAUACCUAGGACGCUCUAACAGGAUGACGCGAACCCGUGCGCAUGCGCACAUACUGUGUGAGCAAAGUCUUGCAUCUCGCUUAUCUCAAUAUCUGCGGUGCUGCUCGUGGCAACGUCAUUUUGCUGAGUCUACCUUUAACCCUUAAUCUGCGUGUCCAUUCCUGGCAGCCCAGAUGAAGUUACCCAGUCCUCUUUGGUGUGGUUCUGCUCGCCCCGCACCACUUCACAGUGGCUGGACUACUGGGCACGGCAUCGGCUGCAGUGGUGGAGAAAGGUGCAUCUUUUUAUUAUCCAAGUCAUUGUGGUCAAGAUCACUUUCUCUGUCUGCAAAUUCAUCUGGAUCUUGAACAUGAAUCGGAAUCUUGAUUUGAAAUCUAUAGAAACAACAUUGUUUCUAUGUUGAUAUUUGUAAUGCUGAAAGACAACUUGACUUAAUGUGGAUAGUAAAGUACAUUUCUCUCAUCUCUCUGUCCAUCCAAUCCUGUCCCUCCAUCUAUAAUCCAGUUUGCCCUGGGCCCAUCUGACUUCAGCUGUAGUGACAUAACAGAAGAGGAGCUGGCAGGCCGGGCGUCUCGUGGUGUGAAAAUUGUGUACAAUUUCCCAUGGGGCCCAGAGGCCCUGGAGACUCUGUUGAGCCGAGGUGACGCAGAGCUGCUACAGACACACAAGGGCGCUCGCAACAAACUACAGGUCAGUGUAAUGCUGCCUUCUACUGCAGGGAUAAAACUGCAGUUAAUACCCUGUCCCACUUAUGCUGUCACAAUAAAACAAUUUGGGAGUAGAUCUUUAUAAUUUUUCACAAUAUGUCAGUUGCGCCGGAGGCUGCUGAGGGGAGGACGGCUCAUAAUAUGGAAACCAUAUGUUAGAUUAGUUUAAUUCCAUUCAUUCUGUUCCAGCCAUUACUUUGAGCCAGUCCUCCCCAAUUAAGGUGCCAUUGGAGCAGCUGGUCAGUUGUGUCAGUUGUGUUGCGGCAGGUAGCCUAGCGGUUAGAGCGUUAUGCCAGUAACCGAAAGAGCUCUGGUUUGAAUACCGAAGCCGACAAGGUGAAAUAUCUCGGUGCCCGUGAGCAAGGCACUUAACCCUAAUUUGCUCCAGAGGCGCCGUACUACUAUGGCUGACCCUGUAAUACAACACAUUUCACUGCACUUAUCCGGUGUAUGUGACAAUAAAACAUAUUUUUGUUAUUUUGCAUUUUAGUCAUUUAGCAGACACUCAAGGGCACAUCGACAGAUUUUUCACCUAGUUGGCUCGGGGAUUAGAACCAGCGACCUUUCGGUUACUGGCACAACACUCUUAACCACUAAGCUACCUGCCGCCCCACGGCAGGUAGCUUAUUGAAGUAAGAUUUAAUUAACCAUAUCAGCGCUCCAUAUUUUUUCUCUGUCAUUCACAGUGCCGAGAUGGGAGGAAGUCAGUAGUCCCCUAUGCCAUCUCCGUAACUGGAAACAUAGAGCGAGGAGUGUUGGCAUACCUGUACAACUCAAUCCAGCAAGUGAAGAAAGUCGACAGCAAACAGAGGCUACAGCAGAGAAAGGUGAAACACCUAAGUCCUUUCAUUUACAUAUUACAUUUACGUCAUUUAGCAGACGCUCUUAUCCAGAGCGACAUACAAAUUGGUGCAUUCACCUUAUAGCCAGUGGGAUAACCACUUUACAAUGUUUUUUUUUUUUGGGGGGUGGGGUAAGUGGGGGGUAGAAGGAUUACUUUAUCCUAUCCCAGGUAUUCCUUAAAGAGGUGGGGUUUCAAAUGUCUCCGGAAGGUGGUGAGUGACUCCGCUGUCCUGGCGUCGUGAGGGAGCUUGUUCCACCAUUGGGGUGCCAGAGCAGCGAACAGUUUUGACUGGGCUGAGCGGGAACUGUGCUUCCGCAGAGGUAGGGGAGCCAGCAUACCAGAGGUGGAUGAACGCAAUGCCCUCGUUUGGGUGUAGGGACUGAUCAGAGCCUGAAGGUACGGAGGUGCCGUUCCCCUCACAGCUCCGUAGGCAAGCACCAUGGUCUUGUAGCAGAUGCGAGCUUCAACUGGAAGCCAGUGGAGUGUGCGGAGGAGCGGGGUGACGUGAGAGAACUUGGGAAGGUUGAACACCAGACGGGCUGCGGCAUUCUGGAUGAGUUAUAGGGGUUUAAUGGCACAGGCAGGGAGCCCAGCCAACAGCGAGUUGCAAAAAUCCAGACGGGAGAUGACAAGUGCCUGGAUUAGGGCCUGUGCCGCUUUGAUGUUAGCGGAGAACGACAGGGUGUUGUCCAGGGUCACGCCAAGGCUCUUCGCACUCUGGGAGGAGGACACAACGGAGUUGUCAACCGUGAUGGCGAGAUCAUGGAACGGGCAGUCCUUCCCCGGGAGGAAGAGCAGCUCCGUCUUGCCAAGGUUCAGCUUGAGGUGGUGAUCCGUCAUCCAUACUGAUAUGUCUGCCAGACAUGCAGAGAUGCGAUUCGCCACCUGGUUAUCAGAAGGGGGAAAGGAGAAGAUUAGUUGUGUGCCGUCUGCGUAGCAAUGAUAGGAGAGGCCAUGUGAGGAUAUGACAGAGCCAAGUGACUUGGUGUAUAGCGAGAAUAGGAGAGGGCCUAGAACUGAGCCCUGGGGGACACCAGUGGUGAGAGCACGUGGUGCGGAGACAGCUUCUCGCCACGCCACUUGGUAGGAGUGACCGGUCAGGUAGGACGCAAUCCAAGAGUGAGCCGCGCCGGAGAUGCCCAGCUCGGAGAGGGUGGAGAGGAGGAUCUGAUGAUUCACAGUAUCAAAGGCAGCAGACAGGUCUAGAAGGACAAGAGCAGAGGAGAGAGAGUUAGCUUUAGCAGUGCGGAGAGCCUCCGUGACACAGAGAAGAGCAGUCUCAGUUGAAUGACCAGUCUUGAAACCUGACUGGUUUGGAUCAAGAAGGUCAUUCUGAGAGAGAUAGCAAGAGAGUUGGCUAAAGACGGCACGCUCAAUAGUUUUGGAGAGAAAAGAAAGAAGGGAUACUGGUCUGUAGUUGUUGACAUCAGAGGGAUCGAGUGUUGGUUUUUUGAGAAGGGGUGCAACUCUCGCUCUCUUGAAGACGGAAGGGACAUAGCCAGCGGUCAAGGAUGAGUUGAUCAGCGAGGUGAGGUAAGGGAGAAGGUCACCGGAGAUGGUCUGGAGAAGAGCGGAGGGGAUAGGAAAGAAGGAGGCAGAGAGAAAUGAGUCAAAGGUAGACGUAGGGAGGUUGAAGUCCCCCAGAACUGUGAGGGGUGAGCCAUCCUCAGGAAAGGAACUUAUCAAGGCGUCAGGCUCAUUGAUGAACUCUCCAAGGGAACCUGGAGGGCGAUAGAUGACAAGGAUGUUAAGCUUAAAUGGGCUAGUGACUGUGACAGCAUGGAAUUCAAAUGAGGAGAUAGACAGAUGGGUCAGGGGAAAAAUAGAGAAUGUCCACUUGGGAGAGAUGAGGAUUCCUGUGCCACCACCCCACUGACCAGAUGCUCUCGGGGUAUGCGAGAACACAUGGUCAGACGAGGAGAGAGCAGUAGCAGUGAAGGUGAUCUCGAUAGAAGCAGUGUUUCCACAUUAGCUUUAGGAUGGUUACAUCUCUGAUGACAUGGGUGAGAACUUGAGCAUCCAACAUCUUACUUGGAAUUUUAAUUUCUGUCUACUGUUUUUUGAACUGAUGGCAAUUAUUAGAAUGUGCUACACACACUGACACCUUGUUGCCCUGGUAGGUUUUGAAGCUCCAUCCUAUUUUGUCUCCAGUCAAAGUGGCCUUGGACAUGGGAAGGGGAGCCACUGUGGAACUAAGACAGGUAGGAAACUAUUGAGAUAUACACAAAGUUAUUCAAUAAGACUAUGUUUGAUUGUAGUUCUAAAAGUAUAUUCUACAUUAGGUUUGUGAAGGCUUGCUGCAGGAGUUCUUGGAAGGGGAAGUCGCUGCAUGGCCUGGAUAUCUUGAAACCAUGCCAACCUCAAUGGAGCAGCUGAACACAAAGUAAAACUUCUUCAUACCAUGAUAGUAUAGUUUCUUUAUGUUGUGGUUUCUCAUUUCAUGUAACGGAUUGCAUGUGCUGUCCACUGUUGGAUGCAUUCUGAAUACAAUAUAAUUCUGAUCUCAAAAGCCACACAUAUUUAGUGGCAAUGCAAUUUAGUGUAUACGUAAUUGUAUAAUAUGUUGACAUUUGACUUCACUGAAGGUGAUCUCGAUAGAAGCAGUACUGUUUCUCUGUGGGGACCUACUGUAAGUAUUAUGUAUGUUUGCCUGUGUGUCCAGGUAUGAUGAGAUGGGGGUGCUGUUCACUGUGGUGAUCAGUGACAACACGCUUGAGAGUGGCUUACUGCAGGUGCGCAGCCGCGACACCACCAUCAAGGAGACCAUGCACAUCUCCGAGGUCAAGAACUUUCUGGUCAGAUACAUAUCUGCUGCAGAGAACAUAUGA